UAUUCGGUACACCAAUCGACAUCGAGCGUCAGCUCCCAGCUAUUCCAUUUACUUGACAUAAAUCACCGAGCAGCAUUUUGCGGGGUGAAAAAGAAGACAUACAACUUGCGGCAUGAGUAUAGACGUGAAAGAGAUUAAGGCGCUGAUGGGCGGCCUUGAGAAGGCAGCUUCGCCGGCUACGAUUAUUGAUAUCUUGGGACAAUUGAAAGCUGGAGUGAAGCCGACAGAGAAGUUGCUGCGGGAAACCAAACUCGGUAUCGCAGUCAACAAACUACGCUCCCAUCCCGACAAAAAAGUCUCAGAGCUGGUAAAGUCAAUAAUCAAGAAAUGGAAAGACGAAGUCACAGCGCAAAAGGCGCCCAAGCACGCUGGCAGUGCACAGCCUUCUUCGUCUGUAGGAUCAACGCGCGCGCCCACGACUUCCGCGUCGCCAGAUUCGACCGCCGCGGCCACGGCUGCGCCGGAAGCGGUGCCGUCGCGGCCAAAGGUUCAGAGAUUGCCUAAUGGACAGCUUAGAGAUGUCAAGACUGAUUCGGUGUCGACGGAGAUUUAUCCUGAUAAGGUGCGGAAUAGUUGUGUGACGGUGACAUACAAUGCUCUUGCCAGUGACUCUGAUGCCCACUCCGACGUGAUUCUCGCGUGCUCAAAGCAGAUCGAACAAGUCGUGUUCACAAACGAAAAAGGCACAACACCCACCUACCGCUCCAAAAUGCGCUCCCUCUUCCUCAACCUCAAAGACUCGAAAAACCCCUCCCUGCGCGCGCGCGUCGUGUCCGGCGAAAUCAGCGCCGAAAGACUAUACCGCAUGUCUCCGCAGGAAAUGGCCUCGGAGGAACUGAAAAACGAAAUCAAGAGACUGGAACAGAAAAACCUGUUCAACGCGCAGGGCGCAAAGGAAGAGCGCGCAAUCACGGACCGCUUCACGUGCGGGAAGUGCAAGCAGAAAAAAGUGUCGUACUAUCAGAUGCAGACGAGAAGUGCGGACGAACCGCUUACUACUUUUUGCACGUGCGAAAAUUGCGGAAAUCGCUGGAAGUUCUCGUAGAUUUACGCGGGUGGGUAUGGUUUUUUCUCUUGUAUAUUUUAUUUGUUUGUGGUUUAAAGUCCCAUGGUGCAGUGCUUCUUUUUCAUCUUUGCGUGAUUGUAUUCUAGUUUUU